ACAAAAUUAUCGCUGGCAACACGCAAAACCACUCUGCUCUAUCCCAGCGAAAGUCUCCUAUCACCAUGAACUUGAAAUUGUGCGCGAUGUAAACCGCGACCGCGAACUUCAUUAAAUUGUCGCCCAAUCGGGAACCGGUCUGUGUAUAGGCAUACGAUACAAACUCAUGCACUCUGCGUUGACCACCAACUCCGUAAUCAAGUUUCCACAGUGUAUAGCAGCAGAGCUGAGCUGAACAGAACAUAUCCUAUACGGAGAACCACCAGAGAAGAUCACCGCCUGCUACCCAGUUAGUUGUUCGGCAGUCAGUGAUUGUAAACAUCUGAUCGCGCGCGCGCGCGUGGACUGCAAAAUCCGCUAGACACAGUCAUCUAGUGGGCCGCGACGUAGACUAAACGCAUCGCAUCCCCCGAAAGAAAGACAACAGACACACGCUUCGUGAGAUUCGCGGUCCGUGAGUGCGAAAGAAAGGUGAAUGCGGUGGUGUCGAAGUUAUCUGCUGUUUGCAAUCAACAACAUCAACAGCUGCUUAUCGCCCCAUCAAAGGAGACCACGUGCACUCCUCAGCAGCCUGGUGGCCAUUUCCGCCGCCGAAAGUUCGCACCACUCGGUGGCCAGUGUGGUUUCGGCAGCCGGUGCCACCAUCGGUGCAGCAUCAAACCCUCACGUGGAAGUGACACCCCGACGGAACAGUCUCCCGGCGCCCCCGAUCUUCAAAUCCAUCAGCAACGGUAGCAGUAAGCAGCACAACAACAACGGUAACAACCAUCAGGCCGGUACCAGAACGAUGACCAACGAUCGCAGCACAACGGCUGCCGAGCAACUGGCCAAGCGACCGCAGGAGGCACGGGAAAUGCUCAAGAGGGCGCAAAUCGUGUGCUUCGACGUGGACUCCACCAUCAUCACCGAGGAGGGCAUCGACGAGCUGGCGCAAUUCUGCGGCAAAGGUGCCGAAGUUGCUGCAUUAACCAAAGAAGCCAUGGGCGGCAGCAUGACCUUCCAGGAGGCGCUCAAACGCCGUCUGGACAUUAUCAAACCAUCGCAGCGACAGAUCCGGGAGUUCCUCAAGACUCACCCGAGCACAGUUUCCGCCGGCGUACGAGAGCUGAUCGACCAGCUGCGGCAGAACAGUGCCGAGAUCUACCUGGUCAGCGGAGGAUUCGACUGUCUGAUCGAACCGGUGGCGGACGCCCUGGAGGUUCCUCUGUGCAAUCUCUUUGCCAACAAGUUGUAUUUCCACUUCAAUGGAAGUUACGCCGGAUUCGACACCAACCAGGUCACAUCGAAAUCCGGAGGCAAGGGAGAGGCAAUCAAACUUAUCAAGAGCCGAUUCAACAGCGACAAGGUGGUGGCUAUGGUUGGCGACGGAAUGACCGAUUUGGAAGCCAACCCGCCAGCGGAUUUCUUCAUUGGAUAUGGAGGUAACGCUGUGCGGGAGGAGGUCCAAAAGCGAGCGACGUAUUAUGUGACGAAUUUUGCUGAUUUGCUGUGGUAGACGAUAGUUGUAUAUGUAUCGUGAUCUAGCAUGUAAAUUUUAGUAUUAAGUAAAUAAAUUGUUUCUAUACGCAACAA